GAAUCCUGAUCCGGGGUAGCCACAGAGUAUAGUAACGUAGUAGGUAGGACUCGGCUCGCGAUCCGACGACAGUGUGGCAAUGUUGUCCGUCCAAUCCCUCGCCUGGCUGGCCAUUGCGCCUUGCCUCGUUCUGGGAACGUCGAUUGCUCCGAGGAACGGCGGCGACUUUGACAUCAAGUCGUUGAGCCUGCGAGAGGUCGGCGCUCGCAAUACGCUGGACUGGCGCAUGUGGCUCGAAAAGGACGGCAGCCCCAUCUCCUUCUGGCACGACAUUCCUCUCUACCCGAACAAGACCGACGACAGCAUCGUCCACUUUUACGUCGAGAUUCCUCGCUGGACGGACGCCAAGAUUGAGACGAAGCGCAACGAGCCUCUGAACCCCAUCUUCCACGACGACAAGAAAAAGAAGCCGAGGUUCGUCGCCAGCGUCUGGCCGCACCGGUCGUACCCGUUCCUGUACGGCUCGUUCCCGCAGACCUGGGAGAACUCGAAUGUGAAGCACAACAUCUCGGGCCUGCCGGGCGACAAUGACCCCAUGGACGUGUUUGACAUUAGCGGCUUGGACCCGGGGUACGUCGGGCAAGUGAGAAAAGUCAAGGUUCUGGGCGGCCUGGCCAUGAUUGACGACGGCACCACGGAUUGGAAGGCCAUUGUUAUCAACGUCGAUGACCCGCUCUCGAAAAUCGUCAACAACCUAGAGGACCUCGAAAAGUAUCGCCCUGGUCUGAAGAAGCAGUUCUACGACUGGUUCACGUAUUACAAAGUCGUCAAGGGCGACGGCCUCAACACCAUCGUCGGCAACGACUACAAAGACGCCGCGUACAUGCGCGGGGCCAUUGCCGAGAGCCACGGGUUCUGGCGUGACCUCAUCCUCGGCAAGGAAAAGCACGACAAGAUCAGCACGCGGCAGACGUCGAACCCGCGCGCGUGCAAGAGCUACAUCCCCAGCGCGAACGCGACCAAGGAGUUUGGCAUCCCCGAAAAGUCCAACGUCCUGCCCCCGGCGGAGAAGCCCAAGCAGUACGACUACUGGUACUAUCUCGACAAGGACUUUAACGUGAUUCCCGGGCAGGUCAUUGACGUCCAGUAGACGGCAGCUGGUAA